AUGGAUAUUUCUCAAGCCAAAAUAGCCAGAUUUAAUAGAAAACAAAGGUUACGUAAUUCGUCAAGCAAAAAUAAUGGAUCAUCUUCAGAAAAUGUUGAACCAAAUGGAUGUGAAAGCUCUUGCAAAUUUACACCCUAUGUUUCAGAAAAUGUCAGUCCAAUGGAUACCAAAUCGAAAUCCAACUAUAUAGCGUCCGGAGAAGUGUUUAAGAGAAAGGCAAAUAGGACUCCUUUAUCACCUUUGACUCAAGAUAGCGUAUUGACUACAAACAUCGAAAGUGAUGUGAACCAUGACAUUCCAGCAAAAAGAAUUAGAAUUCCAAAUCCUAAAUAUUUUUCUCCACUCUCAUGUGUAGUUAACUCUUCAAAUGAGUUCAGUUCUAAAUCGUCUACAAAUACACAACAAGGAAGAAAAUCAGCUCAUUCCAAAGUUAUUGAUCCUACAUUAUCAAGAUCAAAUAACCAUGCUUCAAAAAGGUUUCGAAUGCAUAAUAAAUACAUUGGUGUUCAAAGAAUAGAUUUUGAGGAUGAAACCAAUGGUUCUUCUAAUGUGGAAAAUGACAUUGAUAAAUGUAGAUCCACUUUGUAUGCAAAUUCUGAAAUUGAAGGAUUUAUUAACUUUGGCAUGCCUGAAUUUACAUGCAAGUGGUGUCAUGCUGAAUUAUGGUUUGAGGAACGAGCGGAAAAAUCAAGGGCUGGUCCUGAUAUAGGAUUCUCAAUUUGCUGUGGAAAAGGAAAAGUUCAACUUCCUCUUCUUAAAAAACCUCCUGAUCUAUUGUUAGCUUUGAUCAAUGGUCGUGAUCGACGUAGUAAGAACUUUAAGGAUAACUAUAGAGCUUACAACAGUAUGUUUGCAUUCACUUCAUUGGGUGGUCAAAUAAAUCAGAACAUUAACAAUGGUGGUGGACCUCCUCAGUUCAUAUUAAGUGGCCAGAAUUAUCAUAGAAUUGGAUCUUUAUUGCCAGAACAAGGAACUACUCCUAAGUUCGCACAAUUAUACAUCUAUGAUACUCAAAAUGAAGUGAUGAACCGAGCUGCAUGCUUUAGGUCAAACAAGAAGAAAGAACCCAUUGAUAUAUCUUUAGUUAAAGACUUGAAGGAAAUGAUAGAUUAUUGCAAUCCACUUGCUAAGUCUUUUAGAAAGGUAAGAGAUGCUAUUCAAUCCUGUGAUACUCAUGCAUUGUCCUUAAGGUUAUAUCGAAAACGAUCAGCAGAUUCAAGAAUGCAUAAUAUACCUACAGUUGAUGAGGUGGCUGGUCUGAUAGUCGGUGACUUCGAUGAAUCAGAAAUUGGGAGAGAUGUUAUUGUCAAUGAUAGCAAGUAUGGCUUGACUAGAAUUCAUGAAACUCAUGUGUUAUUCUUGCCUCUGCAAUACCCAUUGUUGUUUCCUUGGGGGGAAAAUGGUUGGGAACCAGAUAUUCCACAUAGAAAGACAACAGAAGUACCAAGUGAUGAGAAGGAAGACAGAGUUAAAAUUAGAGAAUUCAUGGCUUUUCGAAUUCAAGAAAGAAAUAACGAAUUUGGAAACAUUAUUUUUUCAAAGAGAUUGUUUCAGCAAUUCGUGGUAGAUUGUUACACUAUGAUUGAAGCCCAGCGGUUGUCAUUCAUAAGAGAAAACCAAGACAAAAUUCGUUGUGAUGUUCUGAGUGGUCUACAAGAAGCUGUCGAUAGAGGAGAUGUGGAUGCAUCAACGGUCGGAAAACGCAUUAUUUUGCCUGAUUCUUUUACUGGAGGUCCACGCUACAUGUUUAACAAUUGUCAAGAUGCAAUGGGAAUCUGCAAGAGAUUUGGUUAUCCUGAUUUGUUCAUAACUGUUACAUGUAAUGCAAAUUGGCCUGAAAUCCGUAAUUUCAUUGAUAGAAGAGGGCUUCAACCUUCCGACCGACCAGACAUUAUUUGUAGAGUAUUUAAAAUGAAACUGGAUCAAAUGAUGGCAGACUUCAAAAAAGAUCAAAUAUUUGGCAAGGUUAUAGCAGGUAUGUAUACUGUGGAGUUUCAAAAAAGAGGACUUCCACAUCUUCCUCACCCUAAAUUAUAUCCAAAACUCUAUGGUGUGGUAUCAUCGUUUAUGAUGCACGGCCCAUGUGGUGAAGCAAAUGUCAAUUCUCCUUGCAUGGUUUCUUACCGUUGCUCAAAGUUCUUUCCAAAAAAGUACAAGUCCACCACAACCAUUGAUGAUGAAGGUUACCCAUCUUACAGGAGACGUAAUACUGGAGUUGUUGUCAAGAAGACUGCAGCCAGCUUGGACAACGCCUAUGUUGUUCCUUACAAUCCUUUUCUCUUGAUGAGGUAUCAAGCUCAUAUUAAUGUUGAAUAUUGCAAUAAAUCUAAUGCCAUCAAGUACUUAUUCAAAUAUGUGAAUAAAGGUCCUGACCGUUCUAAUGUUGAGAUCUCCGAUGGCGACAAGUCAAAUCAGCCUGUUGAUGAAAUCAAACGAUUUUAUGACUGCCGAUAUUUAUCUCCGGCAGAGGCUGUAUGGAGGACAUUUGCAUUUGACAUUCAUCAACAUUUUCCAGCUGUUAUUAGAUUGACUAUUCACUUGGAAAAUCAACAAUUGGUCAGAUUUGAUGAUAAUAGUUCACUCCAUAAUGUUGUCCGUUACCGGGAAAUGGUUGACACAAUGUUUACUGCUUGGUUUAAAGCAAAUUUGGAGUAUGAAGAAGGUCGGGAUUUAACAUAUUCCCAAUUUCCUACAAAAUUUGUAUAUCUAUCUCAGGAACAUCGUUGGCAACCAAGGCAAAAAGGUUUUAGCAUUGGAAGAUUAACAUAUGUGCCUGUUGGAGCCGGUCAGUUAUACUACUUGAGGGUGUUGUUGACAAAACAAAAGGGAUGCACAAGUUUUGAAAGUAUUAGAACAGUUAAUGGCAAAGUAUUAAAUACAUUUCAAGAGGCAUGUAGUGAAUUAAGGCUUUUAAAAAAUGACCAAGAGUUCAAAGAUGCAAUUAAGGAAGCUUAUGAAACAGCGUCAGGUGGUCAGAUGAGGAGUUUGUUUGUUAGAUUACUGAACAUGAAUACAAUGACUAAUCCAUUUGAUGUUUGGUGUUGUACAUGGAAAAUGUUGUGUGAUGGUAUUCUGUACAAAAAAAGAAGGGAACUCAAUCUUCCAGAUUUACAAUUAUCUGAUGAUCAGUUGAAAAAUCUUUGUCUCAUUGAGAUUGGAAAACUGUUGAAUGAAAAUGGAAGAACAUUAGGUGAUUACCCGUCUAUGCCUGUCCCUAUAGUUGAAGAUGUCAAUACAUUUCAUAAUAAACUCAUAGCAGAUGAACUCAGCUAUGAUAGAGUUGAAUUAGCUGCUAUGCAUGCAACUUUGGUUAAAAAGUUAACUGAUGAGCAGCAUGGUGUCUAUCAAGAAAUAUUGACAUCGGUCUUAUCUGGACAUGGCCAAUUCUUCUUUUUGUAUGGUUACGGUGGUACAGGCAAGACUUUCUUGUGGAAAACACUUUCAGCCGCACUAAGAUCUGAAGGGAAGAUUGUAAUCAACGUUGCUUCAAGCGGAAUAGCUUCUUUAUUGCUUCCUAACGGGAAAACAGCUCACUCAACUUUUUGCAUCCCAUUGGAAAUAAAUGAGAAAUCUACUUGCAAUAUUAAACAACAUUGUCACAGAGCAGAACUCUUAAGAGCAGCAAGUCUAUUCAUUUGGGAUGAAGCUCCGAUGAUGAAUAGAUACUGCUUUGAAGCAUUUGAUCGUACAAUGAAGGAUCUGAUGGGUAAGGUUGACAAAAAUUUGCGACGUAAACCAUUUGGUGGAAAGGUUGUUGUCUUAGGUGGAGACUUUAGACAAAUACUACCUGUAAUAAGGAAAGGAUCAAGAAGUGAAGUUGUUCGGGCAACAAUUAGCUCAUCAAAAUUAUGGAAGCAUUGCAAAGUUUUGAAACUGACCAAAAACAUGAGGUUGAAAGGUGAUUUUACUGACAAUUCAGAAAGUGACCUCAAAGAAUUUGCUGAAUGGAUUUUGAAAAUUGGAGAUGGCCUAUUGAAUGGGGAUGAAAAUGGAGAGGCUGAAAUUCAAGUUCCAGAAGAAUUGUGUGUUGUUCAAGCUGACAAACCUUUGAUGGAUUUAGUUGAUUUUGUUUACCCAAAUAUUGUUAACGAUAUUGGGAAAAAUAAUUUCUUUAAAGAUGAGGCAAUUCUUGCUCCAACAUUGGAGAUCGUUAAAGAGGUCAAUGAUUUUGUGCUAUCUAUGAUUCCAGGUGAAUCGCAAGAUUAUUUAAGUUGUGAUCAACCAUGUAAAUCUGAUGAGGAUCAGGAGGUUCAGGGUGACUGGUUUACGUCUGAAUUUUUAAAUGAUAUCCAAUGUUCUGGGAUACCUCAUCAUCAGUUAACAUUAAAAGUGGGUGUCCCUGUCAUGCUGCUGCGCAAUAUUGAUCAAGCUAAGGGACUUUGUAAUGGUACAAGAUUACAGGUCAAGGAAUUGGGAAAAAACAUUAUAACAGCCGUUGUUAUCAAUGAAAAAAUGGACGGCGAAGUUGUCUAUAUUCCAAGGAUGGACCUAAUUCCUUCGGAUUCUGGGCUUCCUUUCAAAUUUUGUCGCCGUCAAUUUCCCAUAUCCUUGUGUUUUGCAAUGACCAUCAACAAAAGCCAAGGACAAUCUCUUUCGAAGGUUGCGGUUUAUUUACCUAGACCGGUUUUUACACACGGUCAAUUGUACGUAGCAGUUUCAAGAGUGACAACAAAGAAAGGCCUAAAGUUUCUUAUAUUAGAUGAGGAUGGUGAGACUUGCACGACAACCAACAAUGUCGUAUUUCCAGAAAUUUUACAUCAUUUGAAGCCGCCAACCAAAACCAUCAGAUUACAAGCCUUUGCUUCUACUCUUACAAAGAUGAAUGUGAUUCAUGGAGAAAAUGUUGAACCACCAAGAUUUUGGGAGAUGGUUACCACUGCUAACCAUGUUCAGGGCAGAGCAGUUUUGCAUUUCCCCCGAACAAUCGUGUCUAACUAUUUGCUACCUCAGCAACGACAGAUUCUUCUGAUUUUGGAUAACUCAAACAUUUAUGUGAAUUGCAUGAUUAAUACAUCACCAAGAAAUAUGAAUGAGAAGUAUAUAACUCAAGGGUGGAUUGCAUUUGUCAAACAAGCUAAUAUCAACAUUGGUUCCAGGCUUAGGAUUACUCUUUUAGAUCCACCAGAAAUUUUGAAGGUUCGAAUAAUCGACCAACAUGAGUAACUCUAUUUAUCAUUUGUUCAGUUUAGCUUAUGUUUUAAGAACAAUGUGAUGUUUUAUUAUGGUUUGAACCAUGUGUUGUUUUAUUAUAUUUUGAUUAGUAUGAGUUUCAAGUUACUUUAAAAAUCAUGUGUUGUAUUAUUGAUUAACCU